AUGAGCGAAACCAAGCAGCAAGAGGCAAAAGACGUAUUGCGUUCCCGACCGUCAGUAGAUGUCAAGGCCGUAAAUGUCUCGCCCAAUCCAGCCGCACUCGCCGACGAGCUCAAUCUGGAGGUGAGAUUUCAUCUGGAAACGCCCAUCACCAACGGGAUAUGGGAUAUCGAGUAUUUGGUAGACCUUGUCACGAAUCGCCACAUGAUCAAUAUCCUUUCCAUGCCGCUCUAUCUAUUGCGUCAAGUAGAGGCCACUAGCUAUGCUCAAGGCGACAACCGUUUGCAUUUUUCGACCCCACGAGUGAACGUAUCUGACAUUCAGUCGAGUCAAUUGAUCAACUGUGGUCUAUUGAUCGCAUCGCUUAAAGAUGAUGCCGGGGAUAUUAUGGACCUAAAAAUGGUCAUUCAAGUGUCGGAGCAACGCGGAGGCCUUCAACGGAUCAUCUACAGUCCUCUAGAAUAA